AUGUCCUUCAACUACGACCGCUAUGAGCGCCGCCCGCCUGCAGCCCGGUCGCGCUCCACCUUUGGCUAUUGGGUGCCCCUGGUCCUCACCGUCACCGUCGCCACCGCCGGCCUCGCAGCGUGGGUCUGGUCUGAACGCGGCGACGACGAAGACGAGUCCUCCGAGGACGACGACCUCAGCUACGGCGACGAGGCCGACGGCAAGACACGGCGCGGCAGCAACAGGAACAACAGCAACAACAACAGCAACAACAACAGGAACAGCAACAACAGGAACAGCAACAACACCACCACCACCCAUGCGCCCCUCGAGCGCGACCACUCGGGCCUGUCGCAGGGCGUCGUGCCCCACGACGACCUCAUGGCGCGCGUCCAGGGCGUCAUCCGCCGCACCCCCAGCCCCCAGCAGGUCUUUGACACGGUGAGCAAGAAGACGGCCGCCGGCUGGGCCGCCGCGGGGGCUGCGCUGGCCAGCAUCCGCGAGGAGGACAAGGACGACUACGGCGACCACAACCGCUGGUCCGAGGAGGCCGCCAUCCGCCGCUCCCUCGACGCCCACUCGGCCCAGAGCGCGUCGGCCGUCGACGAGCAGGCCCGCGCCUUUGCUGCCUCGGUGCGCGGUGGUGGUGGCGGUGCUGGUGGUGGUGGUGCCGCUGCUGCUGCUGCCGCUGCUCCUCCCGCUGCUCCUCCUGCUGCUGCUGCCGGCAAAAGAAAGACGGUCGUCCUCGUCGUCUCGGCCGAGUCGCUGAUGGACGCCCACGACGACGACACCGACGCCGCCUACCGCUCCGAGAACGCCACCCUCCUCUCCCACCUCGCCGACACCGAUUUCGCCAAGACCAAGCUCUUCGUCCUCAUCUACGCCCCGGCCCUGCGCUCCCACCCCCACUCACGCAGCCACUCGCGCAGCCACUCCCGCGACCGCUCCUCCCCGCUCGGCUCCUCCUACUCCGCCAUCUCCACCCCCGGCGAGGAGCUGACCUCGAUCGACCCCCAGCCCGACCACGAGCUCUACACCCCCGCCCUCUCCGCCCGCUCCUCCGACACCCUGCUGUGGAACACCCUGCACGCCCAGGCCCUGCCCUUGGUCGAGCACCCCGCCAUGGUCAUGCCCUUCACCACCCCCUCGGGCUUCGUCCACAUGCUGCGCCACCUGCGCCCCGACCUGGUCUACCUCGUCGACGCACUGACCGCCCACGGCCGCAACGUCGACGACAUCAAGCGCUGGGUCGGCCAGACCGUCGUCGUAGUCGGCAGCGAUGGCACCGGCCUGGGUCGUCUGGUCGACACCGACGACGAGGCCCCACCAGGCAAGGCCAAAGCCUCGGAGCACCACGAGCACCACGUGAGCAGGUGGUGGGAGGACGCAGACACGGUCGGCCUCGGCAAGGGCGUCGAAAUCGUCGACGCCUCGCGCUUCGAGGACGACUUUGACCGCAGAGUGGGUGGACGCGAGUAG